GUCACCCGGGCCACCCUCGGGGGCCUCUUGAUUUGGGGCAAAAACCGCCUUUUUUGGGGCGGGAACCUCCCGAUUUGGGGUGAAAAACCUCCCGAUUUUGGGUGGGAACCUUAAUUUUGGGGUGAAACGUCUUGAUUUUGGGUGAAAAACCUCCUGAUUUUGGGUGGAAACCUCUAUAUUUUGGGUGAAACCUCCUGAUUUUGGGUGAAAAACCUCCAUAUUUUGGGUGGAAACCUCCAUAUUUGGGGUGGAAACCUCUUGAUUUUGCGUGAAAAACCUCCAUAUUUUGGGUGGAAACCUCUUGAUUUUGGGUGAAAAACCUCCUGAUUUUGGGUGGAAACCUCCUGAUUUUGGGUGGAAACCUCCAUAUUUUGGGUGGAAACCUCUUGAUUUUGCGUGAAAAACCUCCAUAUUUUGGGUGGAAACCUCUUGAUUUUGGGUGAAAAACCUCCAUAUUUGGGGUGGAAACCUCUUGAUUUUGGGUGAAAAACCUCCAUAUUUUGGGUGGAAACCUCUUGAUUUUGGGUGAAAAACCUCCAUAUUUGGGGUGGAAACCUCUUGAUUUUGGGUGGAAACCUCCAUAUUUGGGGUGGAAACCUCAUUUUUUUGGAGUCAAACCCUCUCGAUUUCGGGUGGAAACCUCUCGAUUUUGGGUGAAAAAUCUCCAUCUUUUGGGUGGAAACCGCUUGAUUUUGGGUGGGAACCUUAAUUUCGGGUUGAAACCUCUCGAUUUGGGGUGAAAACCUCCGUAUCUUGGGGGGAAACCUCCAUAUUUGGGGUGGAAACCUCUCGAUUUUGGGCGAACCCCCCUGAUUUUGGGCGGAAAACGCCACGUUUGGGGUGAAACUCUCCUUUUUUGGGUGGAAACGUCUUCGUUUUGGGGUCGAAACCUCUUCAUUUGGGGUCGAAACCUCUUGAUUUUGGGUGGGGCCUCCGCGUUUUGGGUGGAAAGCUCUUGAUUUGGGGUGCGGACCUCUUUAUUUGAGUGGAAACCUCCUUUUUGGGGGGGUAAAACCUUCAUAUUUUGGGGCGGAAACCUCCCGAUUCGGGGUGAAAAUCCCCACAUUUUGGGUGGGCGCCUCUUUAUUUGAGUGAAAACCUCCCGAUUUUGGGGGGGGGGGAGCUCUUAAUUUUGGGUAUUUCGGGUGGGGACGUCUUUCUUUGGGUGGGGACCUCCUUAUUUUGGGCGGGGAACUCUUGAUUUUGGGUGGAAACCUCCUCGUUUUGGGUGGAAACCUCCUUAUUUUGGAUGAAAACCUUCUUAUUUCCCCCCCCCCGCCAGCGCACCCCAAUAUUUAGGGGGGGAGACCACCAUGGCCACCGCUUUGGGGGACCCCGACGUCCCCUCGUCCCCCCCGAAACGCUUCUUCCGCAAGAGCGUGGAACUGUUGGAAGACGAAGACCGGGCGCCGCCCCGCGAAGAGCUGGAAUUUCGAGGGGAGCUGGAAUUUCGGGGCGACGCCGAGUUUCGGGGGGGUCCUAAAUUUGGGGGGGCCGCCGAGGGGAGGGAGGAGGUGGAAGAAGAAGCCGAGAUGAAGGCGGUGGCCACCUCGCCGGGGGGAAGGUUCCUCAAAUUCGACAUCGAGUUGGGGCGAGGAGCCUUCAAGACGGUCUUCAAGGGCUUCGACACCGAUACCUGGGUGGAGGUGGCUUGGUGCGAGCUGCAGGACCGCAAGCUGACCAAGGUGGAGCAGCAGCGCUUCAAGGAGGAGGCGGAGAUGCUGAAGGGGCUGCAGCACCCCAACAUCGUCCGCUUCUACGACUCCUGGGAGUCCACCCUCAAGGGCAAGAAGUGCAUCGUCCUCGUCACCGAGCUCAUGACCUCGGGCACCCUCAAGACGUAUCUCAAGAGGUUCAAGGUGAUGAAGCCCAAGGUUUUACGGAGCUGGUGCCGUCAGAUUUUGAAGGGGCUCCACUUUCUCCACACCCGGACGCCCCCCAUCAUCCAUCGGGACCUCAAAUGCGACAACAUCUUCAUCACCGGCCCCACCGGCUCCGUCAAAAUCGGCGAUUUGGGUUUGGCCACCCUCAUGAGGACCUCCUUCGCCAAGAGCGUCAUCGGAACGCCGGAAUUUAUGGCGCCGGAGAUGUACGAGGAACGUUACGACGAGUCGGUGGACGUCUACGCCUUCGGGAUGUGCAUGUUGGAGAUGGGCACUUCCGAAUAUCCCUACUCCGAGUGUCAAAACGCCGCUCAGAUCUACCGCAAAGUCACCAGCGGCAUCAAACCGGCCAGUUUCGAGAAGGUGACGGAUCCGGAGGUGAAGGAGAUCAUCGAAGGUUGCAUCCGGCAAAACAAAACCGAGAGGCUCUCCAUCCGGGACCUGUUGAACCACGUUUUCUUCGCCGAGGACACGGGGCUACGGGUGGAGCUGGCGGAGGAGGACGGGGGGUUGGAGACCUCCUUGGCGCUCCGGCUUUGGGUGGAAGAUCCCAAGAAGCUGAAGGGGAAGCACAAGGACAACGAGGCCAUCGAGUUCAGCUUCGACCUGGAGGCCGACGUCCCCGAGGAGGUGGCCUACGAGAUGGUGAAAUCCGGCUUCUUCCACGAAAGCGACUCCAAAGCCGUGGCCAAAUCCAUCCGGGACCGGUUGACCUUGGUGAGGAAGACGAGGGAGAAGAAGCAAGCGGAAGGGCGGGGCCUCCCCGAAAACGAGGACCCGGAAGUGGACCAACACGUCCGGCAGCAGCUUCUCCGUCGCCAGCCCCCCCUCGCCGGUGAGACCCCCAACUUCCGCCCCCCGGCUGGUGGCCCCCCGAAACCGCUCGCUCCCGGGCGUUCCUCAGCAGCCGACGGGCUCUCGGAGACGGGCGCCGUCUCCGAUGUCACCCGGGGCGUCACCGGGACGUCCGAGCUCCUCGGGGGCUACCACGGAGGGUCACCGGGUCCCCCCCAAGAUGGGGCGUCCCCCACUUGCGGCCGGCCUGUCCCCGUGCAGGUGACUUACGGGGCGGAGGGGACGUCGCCGGAUGUCCCCGGAGGUGCCACCGCAGCAGCGCCGGAGCCAGCCGGGGUUGACGGGGAGCCGGGGGGGGGUGUGACACAGAGCCACGGGAUGUCAUCGGCGGCGGUGGCACGGCUGCAGGCGGCUCCCGGGGCGCCGGGGCCGGUGAUGGCACCGGCGGUGCCCGGCGUGUCACUGGGGGUGCCACCACCGUGUCCAGGGAUGCCACCGGGUCUAGGGAUGCCACCACCAGGUGGGAUGCCACCAGCUCCAGGGAUGCCACUGGGUCCAGGGAUGCCACCAGUUCUGGGGAUGCCACCACCAAGCGGGAUGCCACCAGGUCCAGGGAUGCCACCAGGUCCAGGGAUGCCACCGGCUCCAGGGAUGCCACCACCAACCGGGGUGCCACCACCAAGUGGGAUGCCACCAGCUCCAGGGAUGUCACCGGCUCCAGGGAUGCCACCACUGACCAGGGUGCCACCAGCACCAGGAAUGCCACCAGCUCCAGGGAUUCCACCCCCACCUGGGAUGCCACCAGCAGCUCCAGGGAUGCCACCAGGACCGGGGAUGCCACCGCCAACUGGGAUGCCACCAGGUCCAGGAAUGCCACCGCCAACUGGGAUGCCACCAGGUCCUGGGAUGCCACCGGCUCCAGGUAUGCCAGCGCCAACUGUGGUGCCACCACCAACCGGAAUGUCCCCAGCUCCAGGGAUUCCGCCCCCAACUGGGAUGCCACCAGCAGCUCCGGGGAUGCCACCGCCAACUGGGAUGCCACCAGGUCCAGGGAUGCCACCAGGUCCAGGAAUGCCACCACAGCCAGUCCCCGCCGUGCAGCUGCAGCCAGCCCUAGGGAUGCCACCGGCCCCAGGGAUGCCACCGCCUAUUGCAAUGCCACCAGGCCAGGGGAUGCCACCGGCUCCGGGGAUGCCACCAGCUCCGGGGUUGCCACCACAGCUGGUGCCCACCAUGCAGCCACCAGCUCUGGGGAUGUCACCAGCUCCGGGGAUGCCACCAAUCGCGGGGAUGCCACCAGCUCCUGGGAUGCCACCAGCUCCAGCGAUGCCACCAACUAUGGGGACGGCACCUCCAUCCGGGAUGCCACCAGCUGUGGGAAUGCCACCGGCUCCAGGGAUGCCACCAACCAUGGGGAUGGCACCUCCAUCCGGGAUGCCACCAGCCGUGGGAAUGCCACCAGCUCCAGGGAUGGCACCAACCAUGGGGAUGCCACCAGCUGUAGGGAUGCCACCACCAUCUGGGAUGCCACCAGCCCAAGGGAUGCCACCACCAGCCCAAGGGAUGCCACCACCAGCCCCAGGGAUGCCACCACCACCAUCUGAGAUGCCACCAGCCCCGGGGAUGCCACCAGCCCCAGCGAUGCCACCAGCCCAAGGGAUGCCGCCACCAUCAGACAUGCCACCACCAUCUGGGAUGCCACCAACCAUGGGGAUGCCACCACCAUCUGAGAUGCCACCAGCUAUAGGGAUGCCACCAGCCAUGGGGAUGCCACCAGCCCAAGGGAUGCCACCACCAUCUGGGAUGCCACCAACCAUGGGGAUGCCACCACCAUCUGAGAUGCCACCAGCCAUGGGGAUGCCACCAGCCCAAGGGAUGCCACCACCAUCUGAGAUGCCACCAGCCAUGGGGAUGCCACCAACCCUGGGGAUGCCACCAGCUAUAGGGAUGCCACCAGCCCAAGGGAUGCCACCACCAUCUGAGAUGCCACCAGCCAUGGGGAUGCCACCAACCAUGGGGAUGCCACCACCAUCUGAGAUGCCACCAGCUAUAGGGAUGCCACCAGCCAUGGGGAUGCCACCACCAUCUGAGAUGCCACCAGCUAUAGGGAUGCCACCAACCAUGGGGAUGCCACCACCAUCUGAGAUGCCACCAGCCCAAGGGAUGCCACCAACCAUGGGGAUGCCACCACCAUCUGAGAUGCCACCAGCCCAAGGGAUGCCACCAACCCUGGGGAUGCCACCACCAUCUGAGAUGCCACCAACCCUGGGGAUGCCACCAACCCUGGGGAUGCCACCACCAUCUGGGAUGCCACCCCCCCCGCCCCCCACCCUACCAGCGUGUCCCCCACCCGAAGACCCCUCCCUUCACCUCGAUCCCCCGCCCUCCGCCACUGUCAACCCCCCGGACCCCGCCCCCUUCCUCCGUGUCCCCGAGGCCACCGCGGUCCCCGAGGCCACCGCUACCAAACCUGACCGUGUCCGGCAACGUCGAGCCUCCUGCCCGCGUCCGGAGAGGGUUCCUCGCUUCCAACUCAUUGUCCUCCAGGUCUCUUCCCCUGGGGACAACACGGUGGAGUGUCAACUGGAGACCCACGACAGCAAGAUGGUCACCUUCAAGUUCGACGCCGACGGGGACGCCCCCGAGGACAUCGCCUGCUACAUGGUGGAGGACAACUUCGUGCUGGAGGGCGAGCGGGAGAAGUUCGUGGAGGAGCUGAAGGCCAUCGUGGCCCGGGCGAGGGGACUCCUCGGUGGCCCCCCCCCGGACCCCCAGGCAGGACCUCCUGAGGUGACGGGUGGUGGAGAAGGUCACCCCCAAUCGUCCCCCGUUGGCCGGUGGAGGUUCUGCAUCAACCAGACCAUCAGGAACCGGGAAGCCACCGGUCCCGGGGGACCCCCGCCCAACCGGCGAGCCUUGGGGACAUCCCGUGACGGCGAGGCGGAGGCGGCCACCCCAGAUGUUGGUGGCCCUCAAGGAGCAGGGACGGAUGUCACCGGUCCCCAGGAGCCGGGUGGCCCUCAAGGACCUGAGAUGGUCACCACCAGACCCCCGGAGCCAGGCGGCCUCCAAGGACCUGGGAUGGGUGUCACCGGUCCCCAAGAGCCAGGUGGCCCUCAAGGACCUGGGAUGGAUGUCACCGGUCCCCAAGAGCCAGGUGGCCCUCAAGGACCUGGGAUGGAUGUCACCGGUCCCCAAGAGCCAGGUGGCCCUCAAGGACCUGGGAUGGUCACCAUGGGAGCGUUGGAGCAGGACGGACCUGGGGGACCGGAGAUGAUUGUCCCCAAGCCCGGUGACCUGGGCGUCCCUCAAGGACAGGAGAUGUUUGUCCCCAAACCCCAUGAGCUGGACGCGCCCAAGGGACAAGAGACAAUCGUCCCCAAACCCCACGAGCUCAGUGGCCCUCAAGGCCAGGAGAUGACCAUCCCCAAACCCCAUGACCUUGGUGGCCCCCAAGGACUGGAGAUGAUUGUCCCCAACUCCCAAGAGCCAGAUGUCCCCCAAGGACUGGGGACAAUCGUCACUGGCGCUUGGGAGCAGGAGGGAGCCGGUCAACCAGACGUGAUUGUCCCCAAACCUCAAGAGCUUGAUGUCCACCAAGGACCAGAGACCUUCAUCCCCGGACACCAAGACCUGGGUGUCCCCCAAGGACAGGGGACAAUUGUCACCGGAGCUUGGGAACGGGAGGGACCCGAGGAGACGAUUGUCCCCAAACCCCAAGAGCUGGACGUCCCCCGAGGACAGGAGAAGAUCGUCACCGGAGCUUGGGAGCAGGAUGCACCCACGGGACCAGAGGACCCCCCCCCAGAGGAGAGGACCCCGGGCCGUCCCCCCGCCGGGGGGGGCUACUUCGCCUUGGGGUUUAAUUGCCCCCGCCUGAAAAACCCCGUCAGCAAGAAGACCUGGGGCCGCAAGAUCAAGAGUUGGGCUCGCCGGCUCCGGCAGCCCCCCCCCGCCGCGGGGGGCCCCCCCCGGCCAGGGGAGGAACCCGGGGACCCCCCCCCAGCGGGGGCGCUGCCAGCCGCUCACGAACCCCGACUCGAGCGACCCCCCCGAAACCGAAGGCGACUGGGGGGACCCCAGUUCGGAAAGCGAAAGCGGGGGGGCGGGAGGGGGGGGGUCCCCCCCCACCCCCCAGGGGCCCCCCCCGCGCCCCCCGGGGUCCCCCUCGUCCCCCAUGAGCAGCGACGGGGAGACGGACCCCGAAGACGAGGAUUUACGGGUCGAGCUGCGAAGGCUGCGGGAAAA